GUGAUCAUCUGCGCUCCUCCGGAAAACCAGCUCCGAUCGGCUCCAGCCGCGUUCGGCCUGGUCAGUGCCAAUGUACAGCUGAACGAGUGUGCUUCUUUCCUCUCUGACGCGUGUGCAAGCAACGACGCAGUUGUUUUGUGAGGUGUUCUUUUUGAGGGUAACCGGGCAGAAAUUCGGGAAAGUGAGUACGAUCGGUGAGUGUGAGUGCGUGUGCCGUGCGUGUUGCCUACAUUUCGGAAGAAAAGUGCAUGUGAAAGUUUGCCAAAGUGCUUGAAAUUGGUGCAAAUUGUGCGCAAGAUUGUGGAUUAAGCCAGAAAUAUCACCACACACUGUAGCUGUGUAGUAGCGGUGGAACCAGCGCCCCAGUAGAGCCGCAGUUGAGACCCCAACGACGACACACGCACACGUACAGAACAGCGGGCGUGCACACAUACAAGCGUAGCAAAUUCACGAAGACACGGAAAUCGCGCAGGCAAAGCGAGUUUUGCAGUAGGAAUACAAAAAAAAAAACAAGCAGCACUACACAAAGUGCUCAAAGCAGUGACGACGACGUCGUGUGUUUGAAAGUUCGCCAAAGUUAGACGUUCGGUUGAUCGCACCACACUCAGCGGUUCAGGGUGUCAGUUCGGUUUAGUGCGUUAGGAUAGGAACCCACCUCGUAAAUCUGGCCGACAGGAUUCGGUAGGAGAUCCCGACCCCCCCUACGGUGCAAUAAGGACGACGUGACCGACCGGUGAUACUGGAGCAACACCAUGGCGUCCACACUGAUGUUCUGGAACAAGCAGAACUCGAACAACAGCAACAACAACAACGGGAGCAGUAACGGCAACGGCAACAGUCACAACGGAAGCGAUGCCAAGAACACAAAAAAUGGCCGCAACUGGCUGCACGCGCCCGACGUGCUCGUCAACGGACACGUGGCCUAUCUAGUCAAAUUCCUCGGCAGCACGCCGGUCGAGCAAGCCAAGGGCAUCGAGGUCGUGAAGGAGGCCAUCCGGCGGUUGCAGUUCACCCAGCAGAUGAAGAAGGCCGAGGGCGGCAGCAACGUCAAGACGAAGAAGGUCGAAAUCACCGUCAGCGUGGACGGCGUGGCGAUACAGGAACCCCGCACCCAGACGAUCCUGCAUCAGUUUCCGCUGCACAAAAUCUCGUACUGCGCCGACGAGAAGGGCGUGAAAAAAUUCUUCAGCUUCAUCGCCAAAACGAGCCCGGCCGGCGGCAGUGGCAACGGUAGCCUGAGUGCGGCCAGUGACGAUACGCACUCGUCCCACUCGCGGGACCUGGAGCAGGACGGCCAGCAGCAGCAGCACGAGUGCUUCGUGUUCGUGUCGAGCAAGCUGGCCUCGGACAUUACGCUUACGAUCGGGCAGGCGUUCGACCUGGCGUACAGACGGUACGUCAGCGACAGUGGCAAGACAGGUGAUGCGGGCAAGCUGCAGUUGCAGAACAAACAGCUCGAGAACGCGGUCACCGUGUACCGGCAGCGCUUGCGGGACCUUUCCGAGCUGGUCUCGAAACCGGACCUGGACAAGCUGCUGCUGCGGCUGGGGUUGCGCGACAUCUGCGAGAUGCCGCCGGCGCUGGAGAACGGGGUGGACCACAGCCACCACCACAACAACAACAACAACCACAGCAAUCACAUGGCCGCCAUGAACGGGAACAAAACGCCCGAUUUGGGAAUUGAUGUCUCGUUACCGAAUAACGACGAUCAACUGCUGAUCGAAACUUCGCCGAAGCAUUUUGCUCCGAUUGUGCCACCACGGAACAUCCAGAACCAGAUUAACAGCACGCUGGAAGCGUUCAAGCCGUCGGUGGGCACCAAGAUGGAGGGCCUGCUGCUCAACUCCGACUCGGACUCGGACUUUGACCCGCGCGCGCCGGACAACGACAGCCCGUCCCAGAUGGGGCUCGGUGGCAGCAACGGCAACAAGAUCAGCAACGACCUGUUCGGGUUCGAGCCGCCGAAGCAGAGCAUCGGCCAGCAGCUGUUCAGCAGCAGCAGCAGCAACCACACGAGCUUCACGAACGGCAACAGCGGAAUCACGUCCAACGGGUUCGGUGCCCCGACAAGCCCUCCUCCAAUGCUGGCUCCUCCACCACAGAAAUCUGCCCCACGAAGGACGACGACCUCAGCGCACCAGAACAAUAACAACGUGACCAACGGCAACGGCUACCAGGAUCUGUUCGGAUCGGCGCCCUUCAACCCCCAAACGGCAGGCGACGCGACCACCUUCGACAGCAGCUCGUUUGACGCGACCGGCCUGUCCGCGAGUUCCUUCUCCGACGAGCUCAAAACCCUGGCGGACAACUCGUCCAAGCUGGACAGCGUGCUGGCGUUGAACAGCAGCCUCUACAAGACGCCCCCACCAGCCAACACUUCGAGCCCGAACGCCAGCGCCGGCUCCAAAACGAACCCCUUCGCGGCCUUCACCGGCCCAGCCGUUGCGAAGCUUCGCAGCGCAAACCCGCUCGGCGCGGCCACCAAACUCAACACCGCCACGUACGACAUGUUCCAGAACACGACCGACACGGACCAGCUGACCGGUAGUUGUAGUAGUAGUGGUGUUUCAUGCUCGGGGCUUUCCUCAUUUGGCACGUCCGCAAACAGCACCAGCACCGCGACCGCGCCAAACUAUCAUGUCAGUAGCCAUCAGCACCAGGUGUCAUCGUCGACGACCGCGGCGGCCGACGCGUCCGAAAGCUCCGACGCGUUGUUUCAAGAUUUUGCUUUAUCGGCCUUUAACGAGUUCAAGAGAGAUUUAAGCAAUUCGAACCAGCAGCAGCAGCGGCGUGGAGGCGGAGGUGGCGCCGGCGAGAACAAUAGCAAGCAGCGCAUGUCGUCGACGAUGAACCCGGUCACGCAUCAUCAUGCCCCAGCGGCGGGGGGCGGUGCACGUUUGAUUCCCGAGAAGACCACAUCCAAAAACGGCUUAUUUAGCUCGGACGAUCUGCUGGACACGUUCGACCCGCUGAAGUAGUUGGGGUGUGAUCAAGCUCGAUCGGUCGCCACCAAGCAGUUGAGUAGCAGUGCUGCAUCUUUUGUUUCUAUUUUUUUGUUUUGUCACCACCUUGGAUAUCUUUUUUUUUUUUUGUUGGAAAUUUACAAGUGCUGCCUCUCCGGUCAGCCAUCGGAAGAGAGAAUGAAAAUCAGUUAUUGUUUUGUUUCCAUUAAACUCACCACCGCUCCGGUCCUCUUGGUUUUGCCGCGCAAUUUUUUGGAGAAUCUCUAGUGCAGUAAAGUGCAUCUUUCUUUUUAUCCCAGAGAUCUGAAUUGAAUUAAGUGGAAAUACGAAAAUAUGCGGAAGGAUGUUUAUGAUAAUACAUUUUUUUACUAGGGAAAACUUUAGCAAACACACACGAUUAGAGGAAGUAAUAUUUGUGUCUAGUAGUUAGUUAGAUGUGAAUAUAUUUGUAUCAAUUAUUAAUAUUUUUUUUCUUGUAAUUUGGCAUAUUUAGAGAGUUAAAGUGCUAAUUGGAAGCCAGAAUCAUGAGCUAAGAAUAAAGAAAAGAAAAAAUCAACCAGCUGUCCUAACUGUAAGCAAAAGUAUUACCGGUCAAUAGGGAAGCAAAAACAUAAAAAUCUGCAAACAGGCAGGCAUAACCUGAAACAUUUUACCCCCUCAUAAUGUGAUAGCGAGUCGAUUGAAACAUUCCACACGGUUUAAAGAAGGAGAAGCACGUGUUGUCUCGAUUGGUGAUGUGCACUCUGGCGGAGGCUAGCGUAAACCAGUUGCGCGCUACUUGCCACCAGAUGUCACUGCCCCGCUAGAUGUUAACGGGCGCUGAUGAAAUGGUGCUAAAAUGCGAGAGUGUGGUUUGAGAGAGAAAGAUUUGAAAUUGUUGAUCCGAAUUUCGCGCUGGAAGCAAGCAAAAACAAAGCAAUAAUUAUUGUAACUUACAACAAUAUAUGAAUUUUAGCGGCGUACGUAAGAGAAAAUACGUACAUCGAAAGAUAGUUUUUCUUAUGUGUCAACGUAAUUAAUCGUAACUCGUAACUAUCUCUUGUUUCUUUAUCCCAUCCAAAUUGUGAGUGUUUUAAGAGAAUUUAUCUAAUAUAUAGUUUCGUCCCUGUAACAAAUAGAGCAAACAAACAAAAACAGAAACAUGCAUACAAUGGAAGACACAAACUUUUUUUUUCUUUUUGAUAGAGGAAUAUAUAAAUAUAUGUAUUUAGAAUGAAUAAAAGUGCGCAAUAAACAGCUAUUCAAAACUGUAUCCCAUAAUAAUUAUUUGUAGAUUCAUUGUUAUUCUAGUUAUAGUUUGCAAGUGCGAUGUGAGGAUGAUAUUGAGACCAAUAUGAUCAAUAAAUAUGAAUAUAGAACAAA